AUGGGGUUCACCAUCUUGCUGGCCACUAGCCCAGAAGCCUUAGUUCUGAAUGAUCCAGAAUUCCAACAUGAAGAUUUAAAUUUCCUCUCACGCAGCCAGCGCUAUGAGGUGGCCAUCAGGAAGAGCGCCCUUAUGGUGAUGAAGCUAAGAGAGUAUGGGAUUGCAGAUCCUGAUGAAAUCUACUGGUUUAAAAGAAUGUGCCUGGGCUCUUGUGUUGAACCUUUAGGUCUUCACUUCAGUAUGUUUACAAACGCCUUACAGAAUCAAUGCACUGUUACUCAGCAAGACAAAUGGCUACCUCUGACCUAUGGACUCCAGAUAAUUGGAACCUACGCCCAGACUGAGAUGGGGCACGGGACUCAUCUUCGAGGUUUGGAAACCACUGCCACAUAUGACCCUGCUACCCAAGAAUUCAUCCUCAACAGCCCCACUGUGACUUCCAUUAAGUGGUGGCCAGGUGGACUUGGAAAGACCUCAAACUAUGCCAUAGUUCUGGCUCAGCUCUACACGCAGGGUCAAUGCAAAGGGUUGCAUGCCUUCAUUGUACCCAUAAGACAGAUGGGCACCCAUGAGCCCUUGCCAGGUAUUACUGUGGGUGACAUUGGACCAAAAUUUGGUUAUGAUGAAAUGGAUAAUGGCUACUUAAAAAUGGACAACUUUCGCAUUCCCCGGGAGAACAUGCUGAUGAAAUAUGCCAAGGUUGAACCAGAUGGCACAUACGUGAAACCACUCAGUGACAAGCUGACUUACGGGACCAUGGUAUUCAUUCGGUCCCUCAUUGUGGGAGAUUCUGCUCGCUCAUUGUGCAGGGCUUGUACCAUUGCCAUCCGCUAUAGUUCAGUGAGGCACCAGUCUGAGCUAACGCCAGGGGAGCCAGAGCCCCAAAUCUUGGACUAUCAAACGCAGCAAUACAAACUCUUUCCUCUCCUGGCAACUGCGUACGCCUUUCACUGUGUUGGAGCCUACAUGAAAAAGACCUACCACCGCAUCACUGGUGACAUCAAUCAGGGGAACCUGAGAGAGCUGCCAGAGCUGCACGCAUUGUCUGCGGGGCUAAAGGCAUUCACUUCAUGGACCGCCAAUGCUGGCAUCGAAGAAUGUCGAAUGGCAUGUGGUGGGCAUGGCUACUCUCGUUGCAGUGGUCUUCCUGAUAUCUAUGUCACUUUCACCCCAUCCUGCACCUACGAGGGAGAAAACACUGUCAUGAUGUUGCAGACUGCAAGGUUCCUGGUCAAAAGUUACACCCAGGUUAGCUCAGGUCAGCUGGUUAGUGGCAUGGUGUCCUACCUUAAUGACCUCUCAGGGCAACGUAUCCAGCCACAGCAGGUGGCUGCUAGGCCUACAGCGGUGCUCAUAAAUGAUCCAGCAAGCUUGGUGGAGGCAUAUAAACUGCGAGCAUCAAGGCUUGUUGAAGCUGCAGCAAAGAACUUGCAAGCUGAGCUGACCCGCAGGAAGAGCCAGGAGGAUUCAUGGAACCGAACCUCUGUUGACCUGGUACGAGCAUCUGAGGCACACUGUCAUUAUGUGGUGGUGAAGCUCUUCACAGCACAGCUCUCAGAAAUUAAUGAUGCAGCUGUCCAUGCUGUGAUGAGCAAUCUGUGUCUCCUGUAUGCACUCUAUGGAAUCAGUAAACACACAGGGGAUUUCCUGCAGGCGGGCAUUUUGACCAAUGCUCAGGUUACUCAGGUGUACCAGCGUGUGAAGGAACUCUUGGCUGCAAUCCGUCCCAAUGCUGUAGCGCUAGUUGAUGCCUUUGAUUUUCAUGAUAAUCACCUUGGAUCUGUGCUUGGCCGGUAUGAUGGCAAUAUCUACGAGAAUAUGUUUGAAUGGGCAAAGAAAUCCCCACUAAACAAAACAGAGGUUCAUGAGUCUUUCCACAAGCAUCUGAAACCAAUGCAAGCCAAGCUGUGAAAAUGUUUUUUUUUAAGAAACACACAGUUGUCCAAUUUAGAAAUUGGAUGUCAUUGCCUUUCCUUCAGGCACCUGAAUCAAAUCUUUGAAAUCCCAAUAACCAUAGGACAGUAAAUAAUUGUAGCAUCUCUUCCCACUUUUAUAUAUUGACAGGGUACGGUGCGGGAAUUUAGAGUGUGUGCAUAAGACGUGGAUGUGUUUUUUAAAGUGCAAUUAUAAUAAUUGAGAAAUGAGCCUUUUAA